AUGAGUCUUCAAUAUUCCCAGGAUAAAUGCACUGAGGGGAAGAACACUAAAAUAUUGAAUUUGUUCUUUUGCCGUUCUUUUCUUCUCCUCAGGAUGUUAGAGAACUCGCUGCUCAGCGCUGAAGUGAAAGAGGGAGAGAUUCUGCCUCCCACCAUUCAGAAGCUGAUGAAAGGAUACAACAAGUACCUCAGGCCUUUUUUUGACAAUGGGCCAGUGACUGUGGGCAUGAGUUUGGACAUUGCCAGCAUUGACACCAUAUCAGAGAUCAACAUGGACUACACGGCCACUAUCUUCCUGCGUCAGCGAUGGACAGACGAGCGCCUGGUGUUUGAGGGUAACAAGAGCCUGAGUCUGGACGGCAGGCUGGUGGAGCUGCUCUGGGUACCAGACACCUUCAUCGUAGACUCCAAAAAGUCCUUCCUCCAUGACAUCACUGUGGAGAACAGGCUGAUCAGGAUCUUCCCCAAUGGAACGGUGCUCUACGCCCUGAGGAUAACCACCACUGUGGCCUGCAACAUGGACCUGACCAAGUACCCCAUGGACAAGCAGACCUGCACUCUGCAACUGGAGAGCUGGGGCUACAACAUCAAUGAUGUGAUGUUCUACUGGACCAGAGGGAAUGAGUCGGUCAGUGGUUUGGACACGCUGCGUCUGGCUCAGUACACAGUAGAGGACCACUACACAUCUGCGUCUGAGGCCAUCUAUGAAACAGGCCACUACCCCAAGCUGAUCUUCCACUUUGAGCUGAAGAGAAGCAUCCUGUACUUCAUCCUGGAGACGUACGUUCCCUCCAGCCUGCUGGUGGUCCUCUCCUGGGUCUCUUUCUGGAUCAGCCAGUCUUCCGUCCCCGCAAGGAUCUGUAUCGGAGUGACCACGGUUCUGACCAUGACCACGUUGAUGAUGGGUGCCAGGACGUCCCUGCCCAACGCCAACUGUUUCAUCAAAGCCAUCGACGUGUACCUGGGCAUCUGCUUCAGCUUCAUCUUCGGAGCCCUGAUCGAGUACGCCGUGGCCCACUUCUGCACCCUUAACCAUCCCGACGCCAACAUUGUCAUGUACGGUCACCAGAUGGGAGGCUUUGACGAGGAGAUGAACGGCAUGGUCACCACCAUCGCCGCUGAAAACAACCGGGCCAAGAGGCGUAAGGAGAAAGCUGCUGCAGAUGAGGCGGCCUUAGCGCCCACAGCUGAGCUGGAACUUUACCCCUCCAGCCCCACUGGCAGUGAGCCCAAGCCUGAGGCCCCUGAGGAGCCCCCCAACCGCUGCCUCAUUGUCCUGGUCCUCCUCCGCAAGGUCCUGCGCAGAGCUGCAAACUGUUGCCAUGUGGAGAAUCCCCACUUAAUAGACAAUUACUCCAGGAUGACCUUCCCCCUGUCCUUUGUAUUCGUCAACCUUCUCUAUUGGACAUACUACCUGUACUUGUAAUCACAGGGGUGUGGGAGUGUGUUUGGGUAUGUUUCUGUCUGUGAUUCAUUCAUGUGUUUUUUUUCUCAAACAAUGCAUUCAUGUCAUGAGUGAGGCAUUGUGUACAGUCAACAUCCUUAGGAGAAUAAAAUGUCCGUGCCACAUUUGUUAUACCUUAUUUAGCUCAUUACUGCUUUCAUAAUUGAUUGAUUUCCAUGUGGUUAUUUUAUUCUCGCCUGCUGUUGGUCAUAAACGAGGAUCUUAAUAUGAGCCAGUUUUCUACAGCAGGAAAAUGAUCCUGCAGCAACAUGAAAUGUGAAUCAUUAUAUGGACUAUAAUUAAUGAGUUUUCUUGUAGGGGUUG